AUGUCGUCGGGUUCUUCUCUUUCACUCUUUGAUCAAGAACAAUCCAUCUACGAAGCCGACCUCGAAACAACGCUCCUAAUAGCCCAGCUUGCACAGCAAGACCUCGAAGAACUCACCUCCGCGUGUAAGGGUAAAGGCCGGGCUGACAAGCCGCGCUCGGACCAUGAGAUAGCCCUUGAAAUUCAGAAUGAACAACUGAAUGAGUGGCGCACGUUUCUCGAGGACGCUAAACUGGCCAGAAGCAUCGGUGCUGCUCUUCAAACGGAUCAGAAUACUUUGAAUGCUUUUUCUAUUAUGGAGGAAGCAGCUGUGGAAGACCAUCGUGUCGCGGAGAUUUUGUCGCAGGGCGGUGAUUUGCCUGAGCCCACUCCGACGCAGAAAUUGCUUGAGGAUCCAGCGCUUUUUGUUGAAACUCCACCUUCCCAGUAUGUAUUAUCCCGUCGUUGGGUCGCCUGCACGGUCUGUAACGACUACAUCCGCUUUCAAGAGUGCUUGCACACAUCCUGCGACCACCACUACUGCAGAGAUUGUAUUAUUUCCUUGGUCGAAGCUUUUACACGGGACGAAUCCCUCUUUCCGCUCCGAUGCUGUCAACAACCCAUUCCACCCGAACAAGCCUCCACCUUCCUCAAUGCUCGUCUUCGUUCUCUCUUUGACGUCAAGCUACGUGAAUUCGGCACGCCCGCGCAAACUCGUGUCUACUGCGUCCUCCCAACCUGCUCCGCCUUCCUCGGAUCAUCAGAGGCCGUUGCAGCAUUCACCGCCAUCCGUUGCCCGCAAUGCCAAAGCCUGACUUGCUCCUCAUGUAAGCAAGCCGGGCACGACGCAGGAGACUGUAGCGAGAACGCCACAGUCAAAGAGCUCAAGGCACUCGCACUAGCCGAGCACUGGCAGACUUGCCCAGGGUGCCAUGCGAUCGUUGAACUGCAGCACGGGUGCUACCACAUGACGUGCAGGUGCCAUACACAGUUUUGUUACCUCUGCGCUGUGCCGUGGAAGAACUGCGGAUGCGAUCAGUGGGAUGAUCGGAGGUUGCUGGUGGCUGCUGAGCAGAGAGUGGAGAAUGAGGUGGGGGUAGCUGUCAGGGUAGAGCAACCGCUCUUGUUCCGGGAGCUGGUGCAGCAGAGGGCUCGGACGUUGCAUGAGAAUCAUGAAUGUGUCAGUCAUGUUUGGGAUGACUGCCCUAGAGGAACGUGUGGGGAAUGCGGAAUUUAUUAUCACUACUUUUUGAAGGUAUGUUGCAUCCUCCUUGACGCCGCCGGAUAG